GUACACAUAGCUUAUCCAUUUCAACAGAACCGAACCGUCUCUCUCUACGGCUCAGCAGACAGUAGAAGAUAAACCCUGUCGUUCAACUUGUAACACAUCACACACACCAGGAAGUAAGACAGACAAGCGAGAUGGGCGUCCAAAUCAAAGUCGAAUACUGCGGCGGAUGAGGCUACGAGCCCCGCUAUCAGGAACUCAAGCGGGUGGUCACUGCAGAGUUUCCUGAGGCGGAGGUGGCUGGCGUUGUAGGGAGGCAAGGGAGCUUUGAAAUUGAGAUCAAUGGGCAGCUUAUUUUCUCCAAGAUGGAAACCAGCGGCUUUCCCUAUGAAGAUGACGUCAUGGAUGCCGUCCAGAAAGCCAGUGAAGGCAAGCCGGUGGAGAAGAUCACCAAGAGCCGGCCGCCAUGUGUCAUCUUGUAACCAGGUUGCGCCCUCUGACUCCUGACCCAUGUCCCCUGACUGUGACCGCAUCUCUCCUCAAGAGUCCACGUCUCUUACGCAUAGAUCCAUGGAAACACUGCCACCAUUUUCCUCUGUAACCAUGCAUGUACAUGUUGAAAGAACAUCCCGUGUCUGUUAAGCGAUGUUGAGUUGGCAGCAGAGAUGCAUUACUGUUCCCUCAGGUGAGUCCUCUCUCCUGUCUGCUCCUGUGGGGUGGGGUUUUGGACAUUUAUGAUUACUGUAGCUCAAAUGUCAAAGGUUACAGUAUGAAGAGACCUGUCCAGGUGCACCUUUUGCAGGAACAGAAUGACAGAGGAUGCCUGGGGAUGUGGCAUAGGUGUUGGGCGUCAUGAGCAUUUUCCAAAAGCCAGUUUGCCUAGUCCAAGUAUACCGUAUUUGGGUUUGUAUUUGUUUUUAUUUUAUUCUUUUUUUGAUCACAUUAGACUUUUCUUUCUGAAAAGAAGAAACAUGCUGCUGUUGGUAGUCUUGUCAUAUUGAUGCCUAAUAUGUAAGGGAUGACAAUUGUUUUUUUUUUGUCUGUUUUUACAAGAAAUGCAAAAAUAAUUACGCACAAUUUGCAAAUGGCUAAUAACACCAAUGUAAUAUGGAGAAUAAACCAGUUGGUCUGAACAAAGUGCUGAUAACCUUCUCUUGAACUAAUAUGAACUCUAUUGUGGAGUGCUCUUCUUGACCAGCUCUGCCCAUCUCUCUUUCUGUCUUUGACUCACAAAAUGUACUGUUUAGUAUUUUGAUUUAAGUGUAGUAUCUCUUUGGUUAUGGCAAAUGCAGAUUUUCUAAAGAAAACUGCUAUGUUAAAAAUAGAGGACAACAAAGGCAACUGAAAACAGGUAUCUAAUGUCAGCAGUACAUAUUAGCAUUCACUCUGUACCGUACUCCAGUGAUUUUGGCCCCAGACCUGGUAACAAAAGGUUUUAUUGCCCAUUUCUAAUUUGUGAUUGCCAUCAGUCAUUGGCUAGUCAUCAGAAAGUUAGCAUAAACCUUUGAGAAAUCCCAGACAUCAAGGUACUGUCUGUUGAAUUAGUGACCUUUAACAAUGGUCUUGUAGUAGAAUUCUGUGCUCUCUUGUUGCUUUCAGAUAUGCCAUUACUAAGAGUUAUCGUUACUAAUGUAAAGUUAAUCAAUGGAGGUAAAUAAAAUAGAAAUUCUGCUCAGGGAUUUUUCAGUUGCUAUGAAUGACAGGGAUGAUUGAUUUGAAUAACUUCAAUAAAUAUGAUCAAUUACA